GUCUUACCUAGAAAGGAACGUAAUUUAACGGUUUUUUGAUGAAAGCAACUGGUAUUUUUGUUGCGCGUUUAUUUCGCGCGCGAUCCUUUGUAAAGUUCACAGGAUACAAAAGCAUAGUUAACGAGCUUGUACAGAAGUAGAAUCCAUUAAAGUGAAAAUAGUUUGAAAAUUCUCGUAUUGACGAAUUCUACAGAACCUAUAUCGUUUAAUUUGUCGAAGUUUACUUUCAGUAUGUUUUCAAAAGCUAAAAGAUUUGAACCGAUUUUGCGUUUAGGUACAAAUAAAACUCAGUCCAGUAAUGAAUCUAGUCAGAAAACAAAGAUGUCGGCUCCAAAAUUGCAACAAAAAUUACUGGUUACCCCGAGUAAAAUAAAUGGUGAUACACAAUCACAUUGUAGUUCUGUUUCCAGUGUCAAGUCAUUUGUAACUCCAAAACCAGUUAAGCCCUAUACAGCUACUAAAUCAAAAGUAACAAGUUCAUUAAAAAAGAAUAGCAAUGAUAAUAAGAAAAAUAUUACUAAAAAGUCAGCCACAAUUGUACCUGAUGACCUUAUCAAGGAGCAAGAAGUUGAAAUCAGAAAUAAAGAUGAAACAAUUACAGAAUAUAAUCAACAAAUUGAAGAUUUGAAAAAUGAAAUUGCAGCUUUACAAAGAAAAUUAGUUGAAUCAACUUUACCAACGGAAACUAAUACAGAUGUCAAUAGUUUAGAAAAAAAACUAUGUCAAAUCACUUUAUGUGAUACAGAUAUCCAGAAAAAUGAAAUAACAUUUAAGAACUCAGAUUCCGCUGUGAAUAUUAAAACCUUGCAGGAAGAGAUAAGUAAAUUGGAAUCACAAUGUGAUAAAUUAGAGAAUGAAGUAAGCAGUAAACAAGUGGAACUAACAGCAUUAGAAGAAGUUAUAGUUAUUAGAGAUAGCUUGUGUCAAGAUUUGCAGAACAAAUUAACUGACAUGAAUAUGUGCCUUGAAGAAACAAAACAGAGGUUGGAGAUGGUAAAAGGCCAUCAUGCCUUAGCUCUAGAGGCCAAUGAGAGCAUAAGACGGGAAUACAAAGCAGAAUUGGAAAGUAUGAAAACAAAAAUGGAUGAAGAGAAGCAAGCAAUCCUUAGUAAAUGUAAAACAGAGCAAGAAAACAUAAAAUCACAUUAUAUGUCUUUGAUAGCUUCAAUCAAGGAACAAUUGGUUGCAGAAAAAGAUGCUGUGAUUUCAAAUUUACAAGACAAAUUGGUCACAAACGAAAGGGAAAUGAAAGCAAAGUUAGAUCAAGUUCAAGAGGCUGCUGAUGAAAAAUUAAAAUUAUGCGAAAUACAGUUUGAAGAGCGCAGUCAAAGUAUUCAAGAACAUUGGUCUUUGAAGGAACAGCAGAUACAACAUUUAGAAAGUGAAAUAAAUGAACUCAAAUAUAAAUUAGGUGUUAGUGAAGAUCACAAAUGUAAGGCUCACAAUCAAGUACUUUACUUGGAAAAGGAAAAUCAAAGUUUAAACAUUGAAAAAUCUAAACUUGCUCAAGAGUUAGUGGAAUUAAAAGCAGAAUCUAAGAAAACCGAAAUCGAUUACGAAAAUAAAGUUAACAAAUUAACUUUGGAAGUUGAGAGAGCAAUAAAAGAUAAGAAUAAGUUUGAAAUGUCUCUCUCUGUUACGAGGGAUAUUGUACAAGUUCUGACAACACGCUUGAGAGAAUCUGAUACAGAAUUAGAGCAAUUGGAAGCUAAAGUACAAGCAUUGAAUAACUCAAAAGAGGCCAUGGAAAGUGAACUAGCAACAUACAAGAUAAGUUUAGAUAAUACAUUAUUAGAAUGUAAUGAGUACAAAGAUGCCUUGGUUAAUAUUCUGAAAUCUAAAGCGGCUCUGGCAAAGGAACACAAUCGGAUAAUGGAACAUAAUGUAACGCUGAUUGAGAGCCUUCAGAAUGUAGAGAAGGAGGCGCACAGAGAGCUCGGCACUAUCAAAACUGAGCUCAUUGAAGAUGUGGAGAUAUUGAAAAAGGAAUCCGAUUCUCAAAUUCAAAUGCUUCGUGAUGAGGUGGAGAAGAAACAUAGGUUAUGUAAUGUUGCACGGGAGCAGGCGGGGCAGGCGGUAGCGGUAGCGGAGCAGUCGCGAGCACUACUCGCGCACGCCGCUAACGAGAUCGCACGUCUCGAGACUGACAACGAACGGCUGCAGAAACAGAUUCAAGAUCAGCAAUCGGUAGUCGUUGAGUUGUCGCUACUGCGGCAAGAAAACGAAGAACUUACGAUGAUGAUGGUAAAGCAGUCUUCUAUGAUGGACAAAAUGAAAAAAGAACUAGAUCAGAUGCAAGUCGCGCCAAAGUCUCCAUCUUUCGCACGAAAAACCGUUAAAAUUGGAAAAGAAAAUAUUCAAACAGUUGUUUCUCCUCUUAGAGAACGGAAUCAUUAAUAAUUAUUUUAUUGCAUGUUUAAAUGCAAAAAAUCUAAUUUAUAAACAAUUAUUUUUUAAUU